ACAUCAGUCCUGAAUCGCACUCCCAACUUCCCUGGACGCGUCGCUCGUCCCAACCCUGGACGCGGUUUGAUUCCUCUCCAGCUCGACCAUGUCCUUCUUCAAUACCAACACUUCGAAUGCUCUCAAUAGCUCCACGGCGGCAGCCGCCGAAAAGGACAUUGAGAUGGCAGAUCCACCCACCGACUCCAUUUCCUCCCUGUCGUUCUCGAGUCAGGCAGAUUACCUCGCUGUCGGAAGCUGGGACAAUAGUGUACGCAUUUACGAGGUCGGCGCGGGGGGACAAAGUCAAGGCAAAGCUAUGUAUCAACACGAGGGUCCUGUUUUGAGUGUAUGCUGGAACAAGGAAGGGAACAAGAUCUUUUCGGGAGGCGCCGACAACGCGGGGCGCAUGUAUGAUAUCGCGACGGGGCAGGCGACACAGGUGGCUCAGCAUGACGCCCCUAUCAAAGUGGUCAAGUGGGUGGACACUCCUCAGGCAGGAAUCCUGGCCACGGGGAGUUGGGAUAAAACUAUCAAGUACUGGGAUCUACGAACCCCCCAGCCGGUGGCAAGUGUGCAGCUCCCAGAGCGGUGCUACAGUUUUGAUGUUCAGUACCCACUAAUGGUCGUUGGGACUGCGGAAAGACACGUCCAGAUAUUCAAUCUAUCCAAUCCCACUACACCAUACAAGACAUUAGUUUCACCACUCAAGUGGCAAACGCGUGUGAUCUCGUGCUUCACUGCUUCUGCCAACAGUGGCUUUGCUGUAGGUAGCGUCGAGGGGAGAGUGGCCAUCCAAUAUGUGGAAGACAAGGACAGCAGCAACAACUUCUCUUUCAAGUGCCAUCGGCGUGAUUCCAGCCCUACGAUCAAGGACGGUUCGAUCGUGUACGCUGUGAACGAUAUUUCUUUCCAUCCCGUCCACGGCACAUUCUCCACAUGCGGUGCCGACGGAACUAUACACUUCUGGGAUAAGGACGCACGGAACAGGCUCAAGAGUUUCGAAGCGCUUCCCGGUCCGAUUUCUGCGACUGGCUUCAACCGGAACGGAAGCAUAUUUGCGUACGCUGUUUCUUACGAUUGGUCCAAAGGCCAUUCAGGUAUGACCCCGGGACACCCCAACAAGCUGAUGCUGCAUGCGUGCAAAGACGAAGAGGUGAAGAAGAGGCCCCGAAAGGUCUAGGAGUCGUAGUGCUAUCUUGUUGUAUCUGCUUUCUGGAUAAUAGCAUUGUUUUCCCACGCGUGCGGACGGCACGCGUGUUCGUGUGCACUCCUCCGUACGCCGGAUUUGCCGAUCACAAACGUCAUUGCACACUUUCUCU